CCACUGAGGACAAGUGCUCAAUACUAGAACGCUAAAUGCUUAUCAAAAUUUUUUUUCCCUUCAGUUGCAUAUAGCUUGGCUGUUCGGGAAAUAUUCAGUAACCGAGUAAGGCCACUUUGCAGCUAAUGCCCAUUAGAUGCGGCGUGUAUCCUUGUAUCAAAUGUCGCACCAGUAAUAUGUUCAGAUUCAGCAAGACAAACGUAGAAGCAUUGAGGAAAAGCAUUUUUUCUUUCUGUGUGCCCAAGAGACUUGUGCAUUGAAAAAAGUAAUUUUCUGCGGGCUGUAUGGUGCAACUACUGCAGAAUUUCCUCCUCGGAAUUCCAUGUGUUGCAUGUAAGACUCGACCACAGCCACCCGAAGUGAGCGGACGUGCCGUCGGCGCUCUCCGGACCCCGAAAUCUGCCCGAAGAGAACGUACGUGCCGUCGGCGCGCACUCCGAACCGAUCCGACGUGAGCUUUGGCCGUCGCCCCCUGCCCGGGCCUCCCGAGGCGCGAGCUUUGCCCGUCGCCCCCCGCCCGGGCCUCCCGAUGUGCCGUGCGCUGUGUGUGCCAGUCACCACGGAAUACGCACGAAUCCCCUCCGUUUGCGCCGCUGCCGACCGCUAAACCUUCAUCCGAACUUUUUUGGACCGUAUCGAUGUCGGAAAGUCUGCUCCUGGCCAGCCGCCGCACUGGGUCUUGCCUCGCUAGAGGCUAGGCCAAUCACUAGUAGCGCACCCACCCCCAACAGCCAUGGAGGUGCAAUCGCAGGGCGAAGACCUCGACCCGACAACGUUCAGACCCAGUGAGUGGACCACGAUACUCCGCGCGUACAAGGGAGGCAAACCAAGCCCGGAAACGCUGGUUGUGCCUCCUCAUGCAGCCCCUGUUCCAGAUAAGCCUGCCGCGCCCGCUGUCGGUGCUCCGGCCGACACUGCCCCUGCGACCUUCAAGCCGACAUACCGUGCUCAACAACAACAGCUGCGCGUGACGCACGCAAUCGCAUUGCGAAGUAAGCAACUUGCUUCACUCCCUCCCGGCACUAUAAGGGUAGUCUUCCGACCAAGAGGAGGCCUCGCUUUGAACGGAGCCAUGGCGCAGCCACUCAUGAAAGCUCUGCGAGUCACCGCCGCUGACCGGGACCUAGGAGAGUUUCACCUCCGGAUUCACCCGACGAAUAACACCUUUACGGUCGCUACACCUCACGAGUCAACGGCCCUUCACCUCGUCCAAAUCAAGGAAGUGAUCCUUCAAGAAACCAGUUACCCCGUCGCCGCCUACAUCGCACCGCCGCCCGCUGCUGCGCGCGGAGUCAUCUCGCAAGCCUACUGGGCGGAAACACCGGAAGAGAUGCUACAAGACCUCCAGACUCGCAACCCGGAAGCUGAUAUCAUCGCAGCCCGCAGAAUGGGUAGGACCCUUUCCAUAUUGAUUACAUUUGCGCAUGGCCCAGUCCCUCACACCAUACGCUACAUGAGUGUAGUGCAUAGAUGCACGGCGUACAAGGGAAGUCCAGACGCGUGCACAAACUCGUCGACCGGGCCACAGACACGACGUGUGCCCCCACCCCAAGAGUGGUCUCUGCCCGCGGUGCGGGGACAAGCAUGAGCUGCAAGAUGUUCCCUCCUGCAUCCCGAUCUGCAUUCUCUGUGGGGGGCAGCACCUCACGGGCACCGGCUCGUGCGAGGCAAGAAAUACCGCCACCAAACGACUUAGCCCACCGCCCCAGAAGUCAAAGUUCCCUACCAAGAAGGACUUUCCCCCGCUUAGCACGACCCUCCCGUCUACCUCUACAUGGGCUUCCAAGGUUGCCAAGACGAACAUCAUGACUUCCCAGGACUCGGACGUGAAGGCUCUGCGGGAUGAGGGACAGCCCGCCAUCUCAAGCUGGGAGGACUGGGAGGUCCUGCUCUCGUCGACGGACCCGACAUCGCAGGUUACUGCGGUGGCUCGGGCUGCCGACGUCAUGAACAAAAGGAGCAUGAACGUUUCGACGUAGUGCGGGACCGUGCGGUGGUCCAGGGACCCAGAGGAGUCCAAACUCACUUGCUAUGAAUAAAGUUUUUCUGUCUGUC